CAGGUCCCUAACGUCUACACCCUCUUCUGUGUCUGCCUGCUUUGCUGUCGCAGGUCGGUGGAGGUUCAUCUUCUGCUGUGACUUUUGAGGAAGGCUUGAAAUAGGACAGAUGGUCGACUCCUCAGAGUCUGUACGGGCUCACUGGAAGACAAACGCUGGACGCUAUUUUCACUUGGUGCCUUUUUUCGUAAACGCAAAAGUCCUCUUCGGAUUCCACUGCGAAAGCAGGUACUAAUGUAGAUCUUUCCUACAAGGUAAGUGGCCCUCAAGCGACACUCCCGGUAGCGGGAGAAACCUGUACUUGCUUGGAAGACAUGCUAGGAACCCUGGGCUCUCAGAAAAAGGCUUGUUAAAGGACUGAGUGGUAAGGGUGGGAUUAGGACUACGUUUUUCCACUGAUCACCCGAAUUACAACUACCUGGGAUGAUUUCUAUAACUCGCUUCUUGGAACUGCCAGUAUUUUUCCGAACCCAUUAGCUCUCAGCAGUCGCUGUACCUCUGUUUUGACCCUCUUGCACAUUGGAUUGCAGGAUUAGUAAUUAACUCUGAUCUUGGCAGACACUUCCUCCCACUCAGUCGCGAGGGGAUUGGCCCCCACUCUAGGCGAUCUCACACAGCAGCUUAGAGAGUGUCCCCUGCCGGCCCAAAGGGAGUAAGGACAAAGGUUCCAACUGCGCCUGCUUCCCAGCGGGGUGGAGAGACGCCCCGCCAACCCGUGACUCCUCCGAGCCAGGCCGCCCCUUUCCGGCGCAGAUCCGCAUGGCGGCGACGGUGACCGUGGAGCCCGCGGGCCGCUGCCUCUGGGACGAGCCCGUGCGCAUCGCCGUGCGCGGCCUGGCCCCGGGGCAGCCGGUCACGCUGCGCGCGUCCCUGCGCGACGAGAAGGGCGCGCUCUUCCGGGCCCACGCGCGCUACCGCGCCGACGCCACGGGCCAGCUGGACCUGGAGCGCGCGCCCGCGCUGGGCGGCAGCUUCGCGGGGCUCGAGCCCAUGGGGCUCCUCUGGGCCCUGGAGCCCGACAAGCCGUUAUGGCGCUUUCUGAAGCGGGACGUGCAGGCGCCGUUCGCCGUGCAGCUGGAGGUGCUCGACGGCCACGAGCCCGACCCCGGGCGGCUGCUGGGCCAGGCGGUGCACGAGCGCGCCUUCCUGGGGCCCGGGGUGCGGCGGAAGCCGGUGCGCGCGGGCCGGGUGCGCGGCACGCUCUUCCUGCCGCCAGGACCUGGCCCUUUCCCAGGGGUCAUUGACAUCUUUGGUGUUGGAGGGGGCCUGCUGGAGUAUCGAGCCAGCCUUCUGGCCAGUCAUGGCUUUGCCACGUUGGCUCUGGCUUAUUAUGACUUUGACGAUCUCCCCACGAGACUGGACAGCAUACACCUGGACUACUUUGAAGAAGCCGUGAGCUACAUGCUGCAGCACGCCCAGGUUAAAGGCCCAGGCAUUGGGCUUCUGGGCAUUUCUUUAGGGGCAGAUAUUUGUCUCUCCAUGGCCUCAUUUUUGAAGAACAUCUCAGCCACAGUUUCCAUCAAUGGAUCAGGCGUCAGUGGGAGCGCAGACAUACACUACAAGCAGACUUGCCUCCCACGAUUGGGCUAUGAUCUGAGGAGAAUCAAGGUAGCUUUCUCAGGCCUCCUGGAUAUUGUGGAUAUGCGGAAUGAUGUUGUAGGGGGGUGUGAAGACCCCAGCAUGAUUCCAAUAGACAAGGCCCAGGGGCCCAUCCUCUUCAUCGUUGGUCUGGAUGACCAUAACUGGAGGAGUGAGUUCUAUGCCCAGCUAGCCUCUGAUCGCUUACAGGCCCAUGGAAAGGAAAAACCCCAGAUCAUCUCUUACCCUGGCGCUGGGCAUAACAUCGAGCCUCCUUACUUCCCCCUGUGCCCAGCUUCCCUGCACAAACUUGUGGACAAACCUGUGCUCUGGGGUGGGGAGCCCAGGGCUCAUUCUAAGGCCCAGGUAGAUGCUUGGAAGCAGAUUCUAACCUUCUUCUGCAAACAUCUUGGAGGGACCCAGAAGAGAGCUUCCCCCAAAUUGUAAUGCACUGGUCUGUUGUAGGCAUGAGAGAUUCAAGGUCACAUUCUACUGUGUAAUGAUUCGAAUGUGAAUCAGUUUUUGCCUGUAUAACAUUAAACUCGUGUCAAUAUUAAUGAUGGAUUUAGGUAACUUUUUUGAAUGUUGUGUUUUCAUUAGUUUUACUAAUGUGACACAUGCCUGUUGUAGAAGAUUCAGUUAGAGCUAUAAACACAAAAAGUAAAAAGCAUCCCUGCUGUUAAAAUCUGUGUUUCUUCCAGAUUCUUUUACUUAACACUUUCAGCCAUAGGUGAAAUUUAAGGCUGAACAAAUACUGGGUUACUUUUCCAUCACUGGGAGAGAAUGGCCAUCCAGUGUUGCUACUGGUUCAGCUCCUGGCAGCAGGGUAGACUUGGGGUUGGCCAAAAGUAUGCAGAGACGUAUUGCUAUAAGGGAAGCCAGACUUCUCUUUCCUCAUGGAGAUCAGAGAAGAAUCCUUUGGAAGUGGAAGUUGGGGUAAAGAAGGAGGCAUCUGUCUCUGGAAUAGUUAAGCCUAAACUCUGUUCCAAGAGUGAGUAACUGUGACCUAUUUUCCUUCUUGCUCCUGGAUGUAAGGAUACGCUUUGGAAAGUCAUAGUGUGAUGUUCUUUGAGACAUCAUUCCUCACUUGCCUUGACAUCAGGGCGACAAAGCAUUGUGUAAUUGUAUUUGAAGAGAUAAUAGCUAAUUUUCCAAACCUGUCAAAGACAUCGAGAAACAUAUUCAAGAAGCACAAUGUCUUUGUCAGCUCAGGCUGCUAUAACAAAAUAUAGACUGGGUGGUUUAAACACUAGACAUUCAUUUCUCACAGUUCUGGAAGCUGGGAAGGCCAAGACCAGGUUCCAAGGGAUUCAGUUCUCCUCACAUGGGGGAGAAAGAAAGAGCUGUGGUAUGUUUCCCUUUUUUGUAAGGACACUAAUUGAUGGAGGCCUCACUCUCAUGACCUCCUUUCAACCUAAUUACCUCCCAAAGGCGCCACUUUGAAAUACCAUCUCACUGAGGGCCAGCACUUCACCGUAGGAACUGGGUGGGAGGGACACAACCAGUCAGUCCAUAAAAACUAUAAGCCUCAAGCAAGAGAAAUAUAAAGAAACCAACACUUAACACAUCACAGAAAUAUCGUUUGUGGCAGUUUUAUAAAAUAGCCAUAAAUUCUUUGAUGUUUCUCCCAACAACAAGUGGGAGAUCCUUGUCCCUUCCCCUCACAUCUGAAUGGGCUUCUGAGUGCUUCAGUCAGUAGAGUAGAGCAGAACUGAUGCUAUGUGGCUUCAGAGGACAGGUCAUCAAAGGCCAUGAAGAUCGCACCUUGCUUCCUGGGAACACUUGCUCUUGGAGCCCUGAACCACCAUGUAAGAAGUUUCACUGCUUUGAAGGUGUAAUGCUGGGACGAAGCCCGAAACACACGGAGAGGCCACUGGUAGGCACUUGCUGUGAGAGUCCCAAGUGAGCUCAGCCUUGAGUCAUCUCCACCCUGGUGCUGAGUAUGUGAGUGAAAAAACCUCCUGAUGAUUCUCGCCACAGCCAUUUGAAUCUUCCCAGCAAAGGCUUCAGAUAUCCUAAAGCAGAGAAGAGUUGUCCCUGUCAAUCCUUGUCCAAAGUGUGGAUUUGUGAGCCAAAUAAAUGACUGUUGUUUGA